GAGAAUUUGAGAGAAAUCGUAGGAUGCAUCUUCUCUCUCCCGUGAGGUUGCGUGGAUCGUCUUCGAGCGCUGCUUGAUCCUUGAGAUGCAGGAUAAAAGAAAAGGAAUAGCUAAAAAGUUGUGCCUUUUGGUUAUUUUUUUUCUUCUAACCCUGUGAUUCUACUGCAAACAACAACCAUCAUGGGCAUGGCCGGGCAAAGCUGCCCAGAUCGAUGAUCGAAUCGGCGAUCGCCGGCGAGGGUGGGGGGCAGAGCGAAAUUGCUUAGGUCGCAGGGAGGAGGAUCUAGGACCUGCAUUGUGAAGGAGCCAUGGCGAAAGAGUAUCCUGCCUCCCCUAAAGCUCAGCAGCUGCAAGAAUCCAGGAAGCAGCGGCUCACCUACAUCCUGGUGGUGAGCGCGCUCUGCGUCGCCUUCUACGUCCUCGGCGCGUGGCAGAACACCACGCUGCCGAAGCCGGCGGCGAGCUCGGCGAUCACCAAGGUCGGCUGCGACCCGGCGGCGUCCUCCUCCUCCGCCGUGCCGUCGUUCGGGUCGGCCUCGCAGGAGUCGCUCGACUUCGAGGCGCACCACCAGCUCAGCCUCGACGACUCGGACGCCGGGGCGGCGGUGCAGCCGUUCCCGGCGUGCCCGAUGAACUUCAGCGAGUACACGCCGUGCGAGGACCGGACGCGAGGCCGGCGGUUCGAGCGGGCGAUGCUGGUGUACCGGGAGCGGCACUGCCCCGGCAAGGACGAGGAGAUCCGGUGCCUCGUCCCGGCGCCGCCCAAGUACAGGACGCCGUUCAAGUGGCCGCAGAGCCGGGACUACGCCUGGUUCAACAACAUUCCCCACAAGGAGCUCAGCAUCGAGAAGGCCGUGCAGAACUGGAUCCAGGUCGACGGCGAACGGUUCCGGUUCCCCGGUGGCGGCACCAUGUUCCCGCGCGGCGCGGACGCCUACAUCGACGACAUUGGCAAGCUCAUCUCGUUGUCGGACGGCAGGAUCAGGACUGCGAUCGACACGGGUUGCGGGGUUGCUAGCUGGGGUGCUUACCUGCUGAAGAGGAACAUCCUUGCAAUGUCGUUUGCACCGAGGGACACCCAUGAAGCUCAGGUGCAAUUCGCGCUGGAGCGAGGUGUGCCGGCCAUCAUCGGCGUGAUGGGAAAGCAGCGGCUACCUUACCCGUCUAGGGCAUUCGAUAUGGCGCAUUGUUCGCGCUGCUUGAUUCCAUGGCAAGAGUUUGAUGGACUGUACCUAGCUGAAGUUGACAGAAUUCUAAGGCCUGGGGGAUACUGGAUCCACUCGGGUCCUCCGAUCAAUUGGAAGACACACUACAAGGGAUGGGAGAGGACCAAGGAAGACCUCAAGCAAGAGCAAGACCAGAUCGAGGAUGUGGCGAGGAGCCUUUGCUGGAACAAGGUGGUUGAGAAGGGUGAUCUCUCCAUCUGGCAAAAGCCUAAGAACCACCUUGAGUGUGCCAACAUCAAGAAGAAGUACAAGACACCCCAUAUCUGCAAGAGUGAUAAUCCUGAUGCUGCCUGGUACAAGAAGAUGGAAGCAUGUGUUACUCCAUUGCCUGAAGUAAGCAACCAGGGAGAGAUCGCAGGUGGAGCGGUGGAUAGAUGGCCACAAAGGGCAUUUGCAGUCCCUCCAAGGGUGAGGAGGGGUAUGAUUCCAGGAAUUGACGCGAAGAAAUUUGAGGAGGACAAGAAGCUGUGGGAAAAGAGGGUGGCAUACUACAAGCGCACCCUACCCAUAGCCGAGGGGAGAUACAGAAAUGUGAUGGACAUGAACGCGAAUUUGGGCGGGUUCGCUGCUACUUUAGUCAAGUAUCCUGUGUGGGUGAUGAAUGUCGUCCCUGUAAAUUCAGACCGGGACACCCUUGGAGCAAUUUAUGAGCGGGGAUUCAUUGGCACGUACCAGGACUGGUGUGAAGCUUUCUCGACGUAUCCAAGAACAUAUGACCUCCUGCAUGCUGACAAUUUGUUUAGCAUUUAUCAGGACAGGUGUGACAUAACCAGCAUCCUCUUAGAGAUGGACAGGAUCCUAAGGCCCGAGGGCACGGCGAUCAUCCGCGACACGGUCGACGUCCUCACCAAGGUCCAGGCGAUCGCGAAGCGGAUGCGGUGGGAGAGCCGCAUCAUGGACCAUGAGGACGGGCCCUUCAACCCAGAGAAGGUCCUCAUGGCGGUCAAGACAUACUGGACUGCCGAUGAAUCGGAGCAGCACUAGCAACACUGCACACAGACAGCACACAGAACAGGCUCGGCUGAUCUCUCUGAAGACUGAAAUCUGAAACCCAGCUUUGUUUUCAGAGCUGUGAUGAUGAUGGCAUCGGAGUUUCUGCCAUCUCGGUGUAGCUGAGGAUCAUCUGGUCACUUGUUUUCUUUGGCCUUCUGCAAAUUCUUUCUAGUUCCAAAUCAAGGAGAAGCUGUGGAGGGUUUUUCGGGUGAGAUUGGGCAUGGUGGGGUGGAUGAUAUAUGAGUUUGUUAGCAGGGUAACAAGUGCAAAAUCUUACAUAGGGUUCUUGCCCCAGUUUCACACAUGGAGCAGACAGCAGAGCAUAGGUUUUUUUAGACUGUAAUAUGAUGGCGUCCAAGUAUCCAAUAGACAAUGUUACUCUA